UUCAACGAGUGACCAGAUCAGAUAUAUUUUAAUUCUGACAUGAAUGAAAAUAUUUAUAGUGUGACCUCAUAUAAUCGGGAAUGCAUGUCCAAAGUGGCCAAUUGAUCGGAUUUCCCAAAUGUCAUUCUCGAGAGAGCCAGGCGAACAACUAAUGAGGAGCCAUGACAUUUCUCUAAACCCAAACAUGGGGAAGCAUUCCAAAGGAGGAUGGGUCAUCAAUACAGACGAUUUCCCUGCUGUGAAACCCGCUCUUGCACCAACUACCCAGUUGUCAUUGACAAUCACAUACAUUUGUCUUUAUGGAUUUCUGUUUUUAUUUGUGCUGUGUCAGUUAUGGAUGAUUUGGUACUACAGACACAAACGCUUCAGCUAUCAGACCUGUUUUCUUUUCACCUGUCUUCUGUGGUCAGGGUUGAGAACAACUCUGUUUUCAUUUUAUUUUAAUAACUGUAUCCAGGCUAACAAACUCCCCUUGUUUUUAGACUGGUUGUUUUACUCGUUUCCCGUGUGCCUGCAGUUUUUCACAUUAUGUUUGCUUGUACUCUUCUUUGGUCAGGUUGUGUUUAAAGCAAGAGCGAAGUAUGAGCCUAGUCGUUAUAAGAUUCCUUUCCGCCUGACAAUGGCAGUGGUUGUGUUGAUUUUCAUGGCUAACAACGUGACGAGUGCGGUGCUGGUCAGCCACCAGGAGAAGUACCACCACUCUCUGCCACUCUACAUCCUCGUGGUGAGGGUCAGCAUUAACGGGACACUUUUCUUGUUGGCAGCCAUUGUACUGUCUGCUUGUAUCUACAAAAUGAGGACCAUGUCCUCUUCAAAUGUGAUAUUAGAAGCCAAGGGAACAACACUUUGCCAGUCAAUGACAGUAUCUAUUUUAAUCAUUCUGUUGUAUGCCUCUCGUGCCAUUUACAACAUCCUAGCUGUACUUUUAUUCAACAAAAUGCCAAGUUUUGGUUAUGGCUGGACCAAUGUUACAUCGCAGGCUGACUUGGUGGACCUAGAUGGGGGAUAUGCUUUUCUUUCUUUUGGAAUAGUCCUUUUUAUUUGGGAAUUUCUACCAACAUUUGUUAUUGUGGUGUUUUUCCGAGUCAGGAGACCACAGACUAAUGCACACUUGGUGGACUUGUCUAAUCAUAGCCAAAGCAGCAGACAGUAUUUUUUUGACAACCCUCGACGAUACGACAGCGAUGAUGACCUUAGCAGGAAUGAUUUAUCAAGAAGUAUCAACUCGUACCAGCCUAAUGGUGGUUCAGGGACACCCACCAGAAGUACCCCACGAGGCACACCAAGGCUGUAUGGAUCCAUGCACAGUGCGGCUGGCAGCUACACCAACAAGUUAGGGGGAUUUGGGACUCCCCCAGUGUCCUCUAUCAAUGACUAAAGCUUACUGAAAUAUGGGGAGAAUAAGGCUACACUGCAAAUCUAGAAAAAAAAAUUUUGUCAAUUUUGUGAAUUGAGUCAAAAUAUUAUGCACUUAGAAGUAUUACAAAUUCUGUUCUGAACUAAAGACUACUUGGUUUCUUGGAGCUUUGUAAAUGCUUAUUCACCUUUCAUCUAAAUUUUGCUCCUCUUUGAUCAUAAUUAAGGAUUAGAUUCUCACACAGCAUUUAGCUAGUCACACACAAGCUAUUAUGUUUUACAAUUACUGUGUACAGGGAAAUUUUUGCCCAUUUUACUUUUGCACAUUUCACCAUUGCUACAAGUGGGCAAAUUCAAAGAUGACAGUUAUCUCUUAAUUAACACCACUGUGUCUGGGCAAAUUUAAAAUGGGGCAGAAUCGUUUGCAAAUGUAAAUAGGCAAAAUAAUCUUGUACAGUACUGUUUACAAGUACAUACCUGUUAAUUAAAAAAAAAUAGAAUAUUUUUUUGUACUUUACAGUACUUUUAAUUGUUUAAAAUGUUUAACUGUUAAUCAUUAAAAAACCACUUUAUCACUUUAUGUCUUGGAUUUUCUCCACCCAUUUGUUUGUAUCAUUUUGUAUGAUUGGGACUCAGGCAUUUUCUUCAUAUUUUAAAUUUUCAAUACACGACUUGAGAUUCAUGGAUGUACACCUCUUUUUUGAUGAGCAAGGACACACGAAUCCAGGAUGUUUCGCGCUGAUUCUGUUUCGCACUGAGAUGGUUCGCGCCGAUUUGCCUGAGAAACAUCUCACGUUUUAUUUUAAAUAUUUCAUCACAUUUUCAUCCGUUUUAAAUUAUUUAUCAAAUAUGAUAUAAAUAUUUUGUGUGCUCAAAUUCAUGACUUAAUAACAUGCACUGCUAUAAUUAACGGAUCGUACGGUGCCCAUUUGCUCAGCAUGUCUGUUCAACAAUUCAACAGUGUUUCAAUGAGGAUUUAAUUGUAAUAAGUUGGAGAUCAAAAGGUGAGAAUUUAAGUUGAUGUGUGGGUUGUCCAAGCCAUCAAUAAUUACUUAAUUAGAUGGCGGUAUUAUAAUUAUCUACUUAUACGUAAUUAGCAUGGUGUUAUAACAAUUCAUAAUUAUGCUAUGUAUGUAUACUUCAAACACAGACAAAUAAUUUACGUCUCUGCUUUAUAUAUAAUCUUCUUCAAUUUAAAAAAGAAAUGUUCCAAAAAUAUCUAUAUUUAGAUAUAUUAAAAAUUUUGUUAAUGAACUAAACUUAGUAGCAUAUUUAUGUACUUGGAGUGAAACAUCGCGGGGCGAACCAUCUUAGUGCGAAACAGAAUUGGCGCGAAACAUCGCGGGGCGAACCAUGCAUAGGUGCGAAACAUCCCGUUACCGGACACACUCAUACAUGUACCAUGUUUUCAUAAUUUUUCAUUGAAUACCAGUUGUGGUUUUCUUGGUUAAAUUAACUACUGGUAUAAAAAAAAAAGUGAUCAAAUAUAACUUUUUAAUAGAAUAGAAUGUGGUAGUUGUCCAUGAACUUACAUAUCAAAAAUUGUAUUUUAUACCCAAAGGCAAACCAUGAAAUUUGAUCUCCAUGAAAAGUGAUGAAACUACACUGUCUAUUUGAAUUAAAUACGAUUGAAAUAUGGUCCAUGGUGCAUAUACAGUCAUAUUUUCACCAUUCAAUUUAUUGCCAUAUGCACAUUAUUUUCAAAACAAAUGUCCAUUUUAGUGUGUUUAUUAUCUGCAUAAGGAUCACCACCCAGCAUGAUCAGUGAAUCGAUAAUUAGUGGUCAUCUUGAAUCAUUGGCAGUGACUAGAGUUUUACAUGUAAUUACUGAUAUCUCGCACUAGUACAAAACCCAUUGUAAAUAUUUAGAAUUCAAUUGCAAAAUACUGCAUUUAUGAAAGUUUAACUUUGGUAUCUCAAACAUCUUUAUCUUGUAUGCUAGGGAUAUGUCAAGUGAUUUGGAAGUCCAGCAUCUUUUUAUUCAUUUAACCUCAAUAUCUUGAACCCUUGGAAAUUGAGAGAUUUUUUUUUUCUCUGCCCCACGAAGUUCUUAUAGCAUUACUUGCAUUGACCUAAUUAAUAGAAAGAUCUCUAUGCUAUCUAGAAUGCAGAUUCUUGCAUGAAUUAGAAUCCAGAGAUUCUUUAUUUGUUCAAGUUAAUUAUGUUUUUUGUUUUGUUUACUUUCUCAUACACUAGAUGCAUGUACAUCAUGCCUAUAUAUCAGGAUAUGACGAAUAUCUGAUAUAUUUUUGAAUUCAUUAUACUGCCGCAUAUUCAGAAUUACAAUAGGGUAUAUCAAGAUAUGACUGUAAACUGUAAAUAUUUGUAGACAAAGUGCCCUUUUGAAUGUAUAUACCGGUAAAUUAUUGUGCAGAAUUUAAUUGUGCUUUAUUUAUUCAAAGUAAAUGGUACCAUCUACUGGUCAGGAGUAUUAACACAAUUUAAUGACCAGGAGUGCAUGGUGAUAUAUUUAAUAAAUAUGUAGAUUUUGAAUGGUAUGUGUUGCUAUACCAGUGAUACAUGUACUGUGUAUGUUUAGCUAUAUGUGUGGACAUAGAACAUGCAAUGCUAUUUUGUAGCAAUGAUGAAAACAUUUUGUACAUAUACAUGAGUGCUAGUCUCAUCUCUUAUUAAAUCUAAUUAACAUUCC